CCCCAUUCACACAGACCUUUGGUCCCAGAAAAUACCCGUAAAAUUGCCAGACAAGCGUCUGUGUGAACAAAAACUCGUUCCGUUAAUCUUCUGGGAUCGUUGCCGGAAAGAGGACCUAGUAAGAUACGCGGGUAACCCCCUGUGUGAACAAGAAGCCAGACAAAUGCCAUAAUGGGCGUGUCGAAGUGAGGACGCGCGCGUCAUUGUAAUGACGUAGAUAUCGAGCGACUAUUUGCCCGGGGGGUUUAAAUGUAGAAUUACAUUCGUAGUGAAACAAUAGACGAUAACAACGACGACGACAACAUGUCUGCAAACUGGAGUGAAAUUGAGACCAGGGAGCUUCUCAGUAUCCGCGCGGAGGCAGAGAUCGUUCGCCAGAUUAAUGGCACGGUACGCGAUGCGCUGGUGUACGAACGCAUAAAGGAAAAGAUGCACGAGCGUGGCUUUAUGAGAAAGAAAUCGCAAGUUAUCAGCAAGCUGAAGACGCUGCGCAAAAAAUUUCACCAGGUACACGACAGUAACAACAAGAGCGGCAGCGGGAGACUAGACUGGCCUUUCUAUGACCUGUGCUAUACUAUCUGGGGAACCAGCCACUCAGCAAACCCAGUUGCGUUGCUCGGAAGCAUGGAGUCUUCGUUUAACAGUGGCGAAGAAGAGGUUACACCAGAGCUGGCAUGUUCCGGUGAUAUCGCAUCAUCAUCAUCUUCAUCUUCAUCACCAUCGGCGUCCACGUGUGCUUCCAGCCCAGUACUAUCGCCCAACAUCGAAAACCGUUCAGAAUGCCCUCAACCGCCUCCUGCUAAGAAGGCCAAAAAGUCGCUUUCCAGGACCCAGCUUAUUGUUAAAGAGGUCAAGGACCUUUUUUUGGAGAUGGACAGAGACUUUGAGGAGAGACAAAGCCUUCGCUUGGCAGAGCAACGAGAGUAUGAAGAGCGACUGAGGAGGGAGGCACAACAAGCCAGGGAAGCAGAACUAGCCACACAGAUGUCGAUGAUGCGAGAGUUACAAGAAUCACAAAACCGCUUCUUAAGUGAACUCCUUCGCCGUAUGCCAUCAUCAUCCCCAUCACCCACACCAUCACCCUCACCAUCACCCACGCCAUACUAUGUGCCACCUCGCCGUAGUACUUUGAUGUAUCCAAGUACAAGUACUUUGGAGGACAUGGACAACACAGUGUUUAGGCCGGGGUCGUCUCGGUCCUACGUACAACUAGACUAGAUGGACAUUAAAAAAACAUUUUAUUUUUGGACUGUUGUUCUCUGAGGGUGUGGUGUGCAAUCUUCUGUAUAUAAAUACCAUAACAGCACUCAACUGCUGCUUUAACAGUGUGCAAACAUUGAAGAGUUUGUUGUUUUAAAAAAAAAAUCGAAAAGUGUGUGGUCAAUUUUUGUAGUAGUGUUAUUUUAAUUGUACUUAUUUGAGCACCACAUUGCUCUUAACUACUUUUAGUACUUUUUAUUUUUAGUCAAUAUAUGUACAUAUUUA